AUGCAAAAGGAGCAUUUGCUGCUCAACGCUCUGCAGCAGCCGCAGCAGCAACAGCAGCAACAGCAGCAACAGCAGCAUCAGCAGCAACACAGCGACCUUGGCGUGCAGCAGGCAGUCAUGAACCAGCAACAGCAGCAGCACCUGCAGCAGCAGCAGCAGCAACAGCAACAGCAGCAGCAGCAAAUGGUGGGGUUUUCUACUGUCAGAGACGCGGCCUUCAUUUUGAGUCCUUCAAAGAAUUCAUAG